AUGAAUCACACCAGGCACCAGUCUCUGUUCUUUGUCAGUCUGCCUGAGCUCCAAAAACUCUGUGCUGCUACAGUAACACUGAGUUCUUGCGUACCAGAAUCCGAGGCAAGGAGCACACAGAUAAAGAUUUGCAGGCAAUUGUUAUACCUCCAUCAAGAAAUCCUUUCUGCACCUGUUAUUGGAACACUAAAUCAAAUUUCAGUUGUGAUGGCGAUACCAUUUUACAAAUCAGGGAUAUGCCAAGCCUACAUAAAGCAACAGGGAGCUACUCUGGAAGCACCACAAACUGUUAGUCCACCUAUUCUCCAAGCCUGUCUCUCCUACACACUUGUAGCCAAACUUGCACCCAGAUGGAACAAGGCUGGUCAUCUCUUGGUGCAAGGAAGAGAUUUUUUGUCUUGUUCAGGAAAGCAAAAUGCUGUUGUUUUAGACCUCAAUGUAUCAGAGAGACAGCUUUGCAUCAGCGUGGAGGCUUGUUUAAUUCGGUUGCCACCCCCUGAGCUGGAAGAAUUUGGUAUUUUAUCAAAUACCUUAAAGCAGUUUGACAGCAAUGAGAACAUGGUUAUUCACCAACAUUCCUUAUUAAGUAACUGGUGCUAUGUUUUGCCAAGUAUGAAAAUGGGUCAGAUCAUAAACAUCAGCCAUGUAAUUCCUUCAGAAUCUCCUUUCCAUUCCUAUGAAGACUUUCAGAUGCACUGGAAGAAUAUGUACGGAUACGUUCUUCCAGAGGAUCAUGAAGAGACAAAAAUAUAUGCCAGUGUUUACUUCAAGCCAAUAGGGGAAAGGUUCUUUACGUACCCUUUAAGUUGCAUUCGGAGUCAGCCAGUGCAGUAUUUCCCCAGAAUAGAUUCAGAAAGUGUGUUGAACUCAUUUCUUUCUGACAUGAAGCUUAAUCUUUCACAUCUCUGUGGAUUUCCAGUGAAGAUGACAAGUAAAGCACUUUAUGCUACACAGGAACUCUCCAGGGCUCCGGUGCGUAUGAAGUUUUUUAUAACCAUAUUAAUGGCAUGUACUUUGCUCAUGGGAACAAGUGGUCUUUGUCACAUUCAGAACACACACUAUCAGGUUUUGAAAUCCACUUCAUUCAAUUUAGCAGCUCUUGUUGUAUUGCAGGAAAUAAAAUCUGAGCGCACAAAAUUGGCUGGUGAGAUGGUUUGUGUAGUAUCUCUAACACAGGAACCUCCAAGGAAACAGACUUUGUCUGCAAUUCCUUCAUCGUGCAGUAUGGAAAACAGCCACUGGAUGGAGCGUUUGAUCAGAGAGCCAGAACAGCACACUUUUUUGAGUAGCUGUAAGGGUACAGAAAAUGUUUCCAUUGAAGCCACAGAGAAAUCAACGAAUAACAGGCAAACACCGGGAGUACCAGAGUUACCAGGUGGAAGAUUUUUAGGAAUGCCUGUGAAUUCUGUCUUGGAACUCCCUCCCCCAAAAGUCAGCAAAAUUAUACCAAUUUUCAAAGGACAGUUGAUACAAAUGAAUGGAAGGAGCACAAAUGACAUGGGUGGCAAGAGGAGAGAAAACACUGAAAGACAUUCACCAAUAGAAAUGAUGGGUGUUUCAUCUUCUAUGCUGAGUCUGCACAAGACCAGCAUAACUCAGGUUUGCAAACCUGUUCAAAAUACGUCAGUCAAAAAUCCUGCUCAGAGCAGCAUACUUCAGGUAAUAAAUAUGAAAACAUACACAAAACGCACUACACGCAUAUUUCGGUGGAAAACACAGUCUGGCAGGCAAAUGACUAAUUCUGAUUUUGCUGCUAGCUCAGUAUCAGGUGGGAAUUCAAGUGAAGUCAAUCACAAGAAGGCCAGUUCUCCCUUUCCUAAGGAUGUUGGGUCAGUGCUUCAGAAGACAAACACCGAUCUGAGUCUGAACAGUUACGCAUCAGCUCCUUCCAGUGCAAGAAGGGGAAAAAGGUUCGCAAGUCAAAGUACCUCACAAGUUCUUGAGAAACAACUCCAGUCAAACAGAGUACCUUUGCAGAUUUGCAAAUUAGACAAUGAACUGACAAAUACUGCUCUAUCCCAGCAACAAACAAAGAGAUCAAAUGAAGAAACGGGGUUAAAUAUUUAUGGAUCUGUCUCAAAUGCUACAAUGUGCAUUGCCGGCGGUGAAGCAAACAAAGCAGUAUGCUAUUCUCAGGCCUGCAUCGCUGCAACAGCCACUCGGCAUUCCAAAUCUAACUCUGAACAGGUACAGUAA